ACAAUUUUACACUCAAACGUUGUCUUUAAUAAUAAGUUCCACACCUAUUUCUUUAACCAUAUGAUACGUAACAAACACACAAAAAACCCUCCAAUUGUAACUAAUCUUUAAACAAUAUAUCCAUCUCAAAUUCAACUUAAAGAUAAAAUCUUUUUCUGUUUUCGAGAAAACCCAGAUCAAAUAUUGAAUCGUAGUUUCUUUGUUUUGUUUGUAGAGUCGGGGAAAAAAUGGUAGUGACCGUGGUAGCAACGACGGUGUCCGUGGAAGAGGAGAGGUCUAAGAAGAAGUCUACUGGUGGGUUUGUUGAUGAGAUGAGGUCAGUUGCUAUGAAACUACAUGGUAAAGAUCAAUCUAAAGGAGGAGAAAAAGAAACACAAGGAAAACCAUGGCCUAAAUGGGAGCCAAAUAUUGAUGGUUACUUAAAGUUCUUGGUGGAUAGUAAGCUUGUUUAUGAUACUUUUGACAAGAUUGUUGAUAAGGCUGAUUUCCCUGAAUAUGCCGAGUUUAAGAAUACAGGGCUUGAACGGACAGUAAAUUUGUUGAAAGAUUUGGAAUGGUUCAAAGAAGAAGGUCAUUCUAUUCCUGAACCGUUAUCACCUGGGCUCGACUACUCACUUUAUAUUGAAGGAUUGUCAAAAACCGACCCACACGCGUUUAUCUGCCACUUUUACAACACAUACUUUGCACACACUGCAGGUGGUCAGAUGAUCGGAAAAAAGGUGGCUGCAAAGAUCUUAAAUGGCAAAGAGCUGGAGUUCUACAAAUGGGAUAGUGAUCUUCCGCAUCUAUUGCACAAUGUUAGGGAGAAACUGAACAGGGUCGCUGAGAACUGGACUAGAGACGAGAAGAAUCAUUGUCUUGAAGAAACUGAGAAAUCUUUCAAAUUCAAUGGUGAUAUUCUGCAUUUGAUCUUGGCAUGAUUAAGAAAGAAGCACGAAAUCUGUUGUGUUUUAUGAUCUUCAAUUCUCAUGUAAAACCAAAACUACUGUAAUUCUUCUUUGUACAAAAUAUUUUUCUUGUAUAAAGCUUUAAAUAACUUAAAAAUGGCAAUAAUUUCAACCA